GAAGUAGCGAUAUUCUAUCAAGAGUUGAGAUUUGUUCGCAGUGUUCUAUCAACUAUGGAUCUGACAGCAGAACAGAAAAAGUUCAUGGAUGCUAUUGAAGAUGAAUUUCAUGACAGAUUUACUGAAUCUGAUGCAGUUUAUUGGGAAGAGCAUACCACACCAUUGUCGGAUCCCCCAAUAAUCGAACCUUGGUAUAACAAGCCUCGCCGAAGAUUUGACUUCUCCAGAAGAGGAAGAGGUGGUGGUGAUUUCAAUGGACGAAACAGAGGUCGAGACUACCCCAAUCACAGUCGUAAUGACAGUCGCAGGGACCGAGAUAGAAGCAGAGACCGUGACAGAGAUAGAGACCAUGAUAGAGACCGACGGAGAGAUUCUAGAGGUGAUCAAGGCAGGCAUGGCAACCGAAGCGGAUAUGGUGAUCAUCAUGGAAGAGAUGAUGGACGUAACAGAGACCAUCGCAGACAACGGCCAAGUGAAGACCACUCUCGAUCUCAUGACCGUGAUCAGUGGUAACUCCACACUUCUACGUAUUUAAGCCAUAACUUAUGAUGUGUUAUCAGGUAUCUUAUGUCUCUUCUUAAAAAAAAUGAAAGAAAUUGUAAGAGAUAGGAUUAAGGGGUAAUUAAAUGAACUAUUUUUCGUA